AUGUUGGGCGACGGCGCGGACGACGACCUCGGCGAUCGCGACGGGGGUUUCGGGAGACGCGACGGGUACCGCAGCCGCAGCCCGAGGGGCGGGGGCGGAUCGAGGUCGCGAUCGAGGUCCCGGUCGCGGGGCGCGAAGCGCGACUUCCCGAGGUCGUGGAGCCGAUCGAGGAGCCGGUCGCCGCGUCGGCGCAGGCGCGGAUCGAGGUCCCGAUCGAGGUCGCGGUCGCGGUCCGGGGGCGGGCGGGGGUACGCGCGCGAUGACAGACGACGCGGGCGUCGUCGUUCGAGGUCCGCGUCGCGCUCACCGCGGGGUGCGCGCGCGAGGGAGGUUCCACCGCCGCCGCCCCGGGACGGUGGACGGCACCGCGGAGAUCCGAGGGACUCCCAGGCGCCCCUUUCCACCGCCGGGCGCGGCCCCGGGGUGUGCUACGCCUUUCAGCGAGGGCGGUGCACGCGAGGCGACGAGUGCAGGUUCGCGCACGUCAUCUCCGACGUCCCCCCUCCGCCGCCCGGGGCACGUUCCGGCGGUAACCGGGGCGGUGAUGCAUCCGCCGCGACGCUCCAUCCGCCGCUGCAUUCGAUUCAAAAGGGCCGCGUCGCCACCGUUCGACCGUUCGGCCUCUUCGUCCGCAUGAACGGCUUCGUCCGCGACGGGCUGGUGCACUGCGCCAACGUCAGCGACGAGCUCACGUUCCGCAGGGAAGACGGCGACGACGCCAAGGUGAUGGCCAUGGAAUACUUUCACCCGAGAGACUCGGAGGUUUACGCCAAGGUUGUCGAGAUUCGCAGGGACGGGUACUCGGGCGACGUCAAGGUUGGACUCUCGAUGAAACUCGUCGACCAGUCAUCGGGCGAGGACCUGGACCCGGACCACUCCAGGGCUAAGGCGUUACUGGAGGGAGGAUUCGGCUGGAACGGACACGGGAACGGGGACGGGGACGGUCAUCGUGACUCGCGCAAUUUGUCAGACGAUCCGCCGGCGCUCAACUCUACGCACAGAGCCGUGGUCAAAGAGGUGAAGCCGUACGGCGUGUUCGUCUCCAUGGCGGGUUUUCGACGUAACGGGCUGGUGCCCCACCACCAGGUGAGCGACUACCUCGAGUUCUCGAGGGAGGAUACCGACGAGGAUAAGGUCAAGGCGCUGGAGGGCGCGGUGGGCAAGGGCGACGAGGCGUGGGUGAAGGUUGUCGAGCUGAAGGAGCCAAACUACCCCGGCGAGGGACCCGUGAAGGUGACGUGCUCCAUCAAGCUGUGCGACCAGCGGGACGGGUCCGACCUGGACCCGGGGUGCUCGAGGUACUUUCCCCAGGGGGAGCGCGGCGGGGAUCGCGACGGGGUCGGCGGUAAUAUACCGAGGCGGGUCGGCGACGGCGCCGGCGAGGCGGUGAAGAGGGGCGGCGUCAUCGACUGGGGCCACCACCUCGGUGACGUCAAGCAGUACGGCGACGGCGGCCGAUACGACCUGGUGACGGACGACGUGGGUGAAGGACUCGAAAGGAGGGAGGAUGGACAGACGGGGGUGCCGCAAGGGAGGCCCGGGCACGGUCCACCCCGGACGGUGCCGCCGCCGCCGUCGGGCGCGGCGCCGGCGAGCGCGAGGGACCAACAAAUUGGGAGCGUGGAGGAGGCUCUCGCGAUCCUCGCCAAGCACAAGAAGGAGAAGAAGGAACGGAAGGAGAAGAAGGCGAAGAAGAGCAAGAAGUCUUCCAAGAAGGAGAGGAAGGAGAGGAAGGAGAAGAAGGGCAAGAGGAGCAGGCGGGACCUUUCGGACAGCUCGAGCGACUCUGAGUCUUAGAGAGAAAAAAUGGAACAUUUGGCUACGUUC